ACCUCACCUUGCCUCAUGAAAGGCAUGCUCCUAAUUCUAUGGGGCUGUGUUCUAGAAUAAUAAGCCAGAACAUUUUGUCCUUAAAAAAAAGACAUAACUGGCUCUUUUGUCCUGCGUGAGCCUCUUGACAACAUGAUGAAUGGACUAAGAACAUAAUCGCUAUAGAACAAGGGCUAUAGUGUGGGCAGGGCUUUUGGUGCAUUAUAAACAGGGGGACUUUGGGCUGUUUACAGCUUGGUACAGCUCUCAAGGCGGUGCAAUCAGUUGUAGGAAGCAAUGUACUGCAUAUAUAUGAUAUAGCAUGUAUACAGCACAUUUAAAGUACUCAAAUGUUUCAUGCACGUUAUAUCAGAAAUCUUCAAAUGGAAGGUAACAAAGAUGGCGAGGGAUCUGGAAGACAAGUCAUGUAAGAAAAAGUAAAAGGCGCUGGGUAUGUUUAGCCUGGAGAAGAGAAGACUAAGGAGAGAUAUGAUAGCCAUCUUAAAAAAUCUGAAGAAUGUGCUAGAACUGAAGGUCUACGAUGAAGAUAUGGUCACCAAAGAUGAUCGCAUCUUCACUGUUUUCUAUGAUGCAGCAAAUGUGAAACCAGGGCAAACUAUCCAUAAACGCUUCAAGAUUUCUGAGCUGAGGAGUAAAAUGCCACAGGAAAAAAAGAUGACUCUAGAAGUAGAAUUCAAGAUGGAGACCAUAUCUGAUGAUCCUGAGAGACUAAUUACUAAUGGCAUCCUAGUGGCCCGAGAGGUUUCCUGUUUGGAAGUCUGGCUGGACGAUCGGAAAAACGAGGAGAUGUUGGCAAAAUAUAAUAUUGAAUUUCUGGUGGACGGAUCAUUUGAAGAAGCACACACAAUGACUCAGAAUUCAAAAAUCUUCUACUUUCAUUUUGUAAAGAACUGGAAGCCAGAGCUGAAGGUCAACAUAAAGAGUAAAAUCCUUGGGGGAACCCUGCUCAGGGAUACUUUUACUGAAGUUUUGCCACUGGAAUACUCUCUUGUGGGAAAGGAACCAAAAGUAGCCUUGUCUGUAGCAAAGGAUGUGAAUUUGGAGUUGCAGCUCAAAGCUAAUGCUUGUUUAGAAGAUUUAGAUGUGCGUUUGGGAUGUGAUCUCUGUGGGGCGGAGCAGGAUUUCUUGCGUGAGCGGAAAAAAGUAGUUAAGAAUGCUCUAGAGGGAGUGCUGAACCAGAAGCUGCAAGAACAUGAGGUCCCAGUAAUAGCUGUCAUGGCAACAGGUGGAGGCAUGAGGGCAAUGUCAGCAUUAUAUGGCCACCUCCUUGGUCUUCAGAAGCUGAAGUUCUUAGACUGUGUUACGUAUCUCACUGGAGCCUCUGGAUCAACAUGGGCAAUGAGAAAUCUAUAUGAAGAUCAUGACUGGUCUCAAAAUGACCUGAUGGGCCCAAUCCAUAAAGCACGGGAAUAUGUGGCCAGGAGCAAGUCAAGUGUUUUCUCCUUGGAGGCUCUAUUGAGCUAUAAUGCAGAACUGAGUCAGAGGGUGAAAGCGGGACACUCAGUUUCUUUUACUGAUGUAUGGUCACUUAUGAUUGAGCAUAUGUUCCAUGAUAAGCAAAGUGACAACAAACUUUCCGAUCAGCAAAAGGCUGUGAGUAAGGGGCAAAAUCCACUGCCCAUCUAUGUGGCCCUCAAUGUUAAGGAAGACACCCAAACCACUUAUGAAUUUAGAGAAUGGUGUGAAUUUUCUCCUUAUGAGGUGGGAUUUUCAAAGUAUGGGGCUUUCAUUCCCUCAGAAGAUUUUGGUAGUGAGUUCUUCAUGGGGCAGCUGAUGAAGAAGAGACAAGAGUCUAAGAUCUGCUAUCUGGAAGGACUGUGGAGUAAUAUAUUUUCCUUGAAUAUGGUGGAUGUCUGGAAUGUCUGUAGCAGCUUAAACCAAAAGUGGCAGUGGCCUUUCCUAAGCAAAGAAGAAGACAGCAAUCAGCCCUCUGUAUGUCAGAUGGCUUGUUUCUGUCCACCAAGUGAUAUCUCCGACAUCAUCAAUGGAGUUUUGACUCAUCGCCCUUUAGGAGAAUGGAAACCUAACUUCCUGAGAGGUCUUCAAUUGUGCACAAACUAUCACCAACAUGAACAAUUCUCUGUAUGGCAAGACACUAAUUUGGAUAUGGACCCUAACCAUCUUACACCACUGGACAAAGACCUAUGCCUGGUUGAUGCUGGAUAUUUCAUUAAUACCAGUUGCCCUCCACUGUUAAGAAAGGAAAGAGAUGUGGAUGUCAUCUUGUCAUUUGACUACAAUUUAUUGGAGACCAGGUUUCAUUCUAUAGAACAUAUGGGGGAAUACUGCUCAAAAAUGAAGAUUCCUUUUCCUAACAUUGAGCUAACUGAUGCAGACAGGAAGAAUCCAAAGGAGUGCUAUGUUUUUGACAAGGAUCCAAACGCUCCAAUUGUAAUUCACUUCCCACUGGUGAAUGACUCUUUUACUAAGUUCAAGGAACCUGGAAUUAAACGCAGCUCUGCAGAAAAGGCUGAAGGAAACAUGGAUUUUGCUACCAAAAACUCACCAUAUAAAAUGACAGAUUUGACUUAUACUGAGAAUGAUUUUGACAAACUGAUAAACCUGAGUGACUAUAACAUCCAGAAUAACAGACACCAAAUUUUGCAGGCUUUGAAGACAGCAAAACAAAGGAGACGAGAUAGCAAGAAGUUAAGCCAUCUACCGUCAUUCUGAAUACACUUAGAUAGAAUUUUUGGAAUGUUUUCUUUUCACUAUCAAUUUAUUAAUUUUAUUUAAUAGAUGUGUAUUCCGCCUACCACUGAAGUCUCUAGGUGGUUUACAGCAUACAAUAAACCAAGAAUAAAACAAACCAGGGAUUUUACAGUUAAAACAUAUAAAAAUCUGAUUUUAAAUCAGAUUUCAAGUGGCUUUGCUCAACAUAAAAUAUCAAUUAAAACACCAACUAACUAAAAA